UGUACGUCCAGCGGCUUAUGGGGCACUGUGCUGCCCAGUUCUGCCACGAUGCUCCUGGCCUCUCCCUCCACCCCAUCCAGGGGACGGACCCCCAGCGCAGUGGAGAGGCUGGAAGCCGAUAAAGCCAAGUACGUCAAGACACACCAGGUGAUAGUGCGGCGACAGGAGCCAGCCUUGCGUGGAGCCGCAGGACCGCUCACCCCGCACCCCUGCAAUGAGCUAGGGUCCGCUGCAUCGCCCAGGACGCCUGGACCGGCCCGUCGGGGCAGUGGCAGGCGGCAGCCAAGGCCGGACUCCCUCAUCUUCUACCGCCAGAAGCGGGACUGCAAGGCUUCCGUGAACAAAGAGAACGCCAAGGGCCAAGGGCUGGUGCGGCGCCUCUUUCUGGGCAUCCCCCGGGACGCUGCCCCGAGCAGCCCGGGUCCCACCGAGCGACCCGCAGCCCCAGGGGGCUGGCCCGCGCCCCAGGAUGCUCCGGAGGCGGCAGGAAAGCGGGCGCUGUGCCCCACGUGCUCGCUGCCCCUGUCCGAGAAGGAGCGUUUCUUUAACUACUGCGGCCUGGAGCGCGCGCUGGUGGAGGUGCUGGGAGCCGAUCGCUUCUCCCCGCAGAGCUGGGGCGCCGACGCCAGCCCCCAGGCCGGAACCUCGCCGCCGCCGCCCGGCUCCGGGGACACCAGCGACUGGACAUCCAGCGACGGGGGCGCGGCCGGCCGGGACGCUGCAGGCGGUGGCGGCGGCUCGGAGGCGGCGGGCUCAGCGCGGGACGGGCGGCCUGCGGUGUCGGUGGUGGAGCGCAACGCGCGCGUCAUCCAGUGGCUGUACGGCUGCCAGCGCGCCCGCGGCCCGCCGCGAGAGUCCGAGGUGUGA